AUGGCGCUGCAGGAGGCGGCGCGGGCGAUCGACGGGACGACGCCAGCGGCGCUUGCGGCGCUCGCCGCGGGUCUUGACGAGGCGAGCACUGCCGAGCUUGCGGAUAUGGCGAUCGCUGCGGCGCGCUUCGUCCCGGCGACCGACGCGGCGACGCGCAGCAUGGACCUCGACGCGGUCCUUGCUCCGCCGGUACACGAUGCGUGGUGCACACGCGAGGCAGCGCACGAGGCUCGGAUCCUUCUCGAGCGCAUCCCGGCGUGCGAAGACGUCGUCGCACACGUCCUCGAGACGUACAUCCGGCCCAUCUUUCGCAAGGCUGCCGAGCGCGCGCGUGUCCAGGCGAGUGGACGUGCCGUCCCAGGCGCACGGCAUCCGGUUUGGGACGAUGACGUCGAGACAUGGGAUGAUGCGCAGAUCGUCGGUGGCCACCCCGCACGCGGCGCGCCGAAUGUGCUCGCAUGGUGCGUCGCUACGCUCGGCCGCACCGAUGCCGGCGCGUGGGAGCGACUGUGGCCGCACCUUGUUCCCCCGAUCAUGGUGCUCCUCGACGCGCCUGGCGCGCGUGCGAAGCUGCUCGGCGCGUGCGUCGCAGGCAACCUAUUGGACCCCCAGGCACCAGCGAGCGUCCCAGCCUCGCUCUUGCACCGCACUGGCCUCGCGGCGCUGCUGGGCGACGCGCUCACCAGUGCGCUGCACCAUAUGACCGACGCCGAAUACGGCGCACCGCUGCUUAGUGCCGCGAUCCGCGCACGCCGCGGCCUCGCGACGAUAUUGUACCCCGACGUGGACGCGACAGCCGACGCGUUUGACGCGCAUGCACGCCUCUUUUCCGAAGGCGUGCUCGCCGCGCUAUCGUACUGUGCCCCACCCUCGGCCUCGGCACCCGCGCAGCGUGCAUCACCCGGCACUGCACUCGGCUCGGCGCGCCUGCAGCAGGCGCUGGCCGGCACGGCGGCGCGGUGGGCCCUUGUUCUGUGCACGGACCUCGGCACGCCCGUGCUGCGGUUCUGGAACGCGUAUAUGGACUGGGCGACUGGGUGGCUGUCGCAGGCCUUUGCCGGGUGCGAGUCGCUUGCGUGCCCCCCCCGCCGCGGCCUUUCCGAGGUGGUCACUGAGAUCACCGAAGGCGAGCAAGGCGAGCAAGAGGUGAUCGACGCGCCGGACUGGGCGACGGCCGGCGCGGUGCUUGUCGCGAGCGUCGAGGCGUGCGUACGUAGCGCAUGCACGCUCACGCACCUUGCAGCGCAGGCCGACCGUGAGCAGCAGACGGUCGCGACGCUGCGGCUCCCUGCGCAGCUGCCCGGCCUCGCGGCAUGGAGCGAGCAGCUGGUCUGUGCAUCGGCGCGGUGCUAUGUGCGCCUUUCCGAGCUCUCGUUAGAUGCCAAUGCGGCGGCUUCCGUGGCAUCGCUCAAGGAUGCGCUGCACGCGCUGUGCACCGCGCUCCUCGCUGCGGAUCCUAUAUUGACUACGGCGCUCGGCGCACUCCACAGCGAGCCGCGCCUGCGGCCGCUCUUUACCACGUGA